AUGGCUGUCUAUCACGAUCUCGACUGGCUCUUCGCCGUCGGUACCCUCUUCUUCAUUCUCUCUGUUUGGGGAAUCGGUGCCAACGAUGUAGCCAACUCCUACGCGACCUCGGUCAGCUCCAGAUCCCUGACCUUGAUCCAAGCUGGUAUCCUCGCGACUAUCACCGAGUUCAUCGGUGCCAUCGCCCUUGGACAACAGGUUACCUCGACCAUUCGCAGUGGUGUCUUCUCUGUCGACCGCUUCUUGGACUCUCCAGGAGUGCUGAUCAUGGCCAUGGUGGUUGCUGAAGUCGGCUCCUCGAUCUGGCUUACCGUCUGCACGUACCUCGGAUUCCCAGUGUCCACCACUCAAUCCAUUGUCGGUGCCCUCAUCGGUGUCGCCAUUGCGGCAGAGCUCCCUGUCCACUGGGGUUGGAAGUCGCAGAGCGUUUCCCAAAUCGCUGCCUCUUGGGGCAUUGCACCCCUCAUCUCAGCCGCAUUCGGGGCUAUCAUCUUCACCAGUAUCCGGCUGCUGGUGCACUCGCGUGAGGAUCCCAUGAAGUGGGCGUUGCGCGCAUUGUUCAUCGUCGUCAGCGGUGGUCACGGAAUCCCAAAGCUCGAGGAUUUGGGUGCAGGCAAGGCUUGUGGAAUUGUCAUUGGCGUCUUUGCUGGUGUCUGGGUUAUCAGUGCGGUCUUCUUUGUCCCUUACUAUUGGCGCAGCCUUGUGAAGGGUGACUCCCGCCUGCGCUUCUGGCACAUCCCCAUGGGUCCUCUUCUCUGGAAGGACAACUACACCUUGUACUUCCCCGGCAACCCGGACAAGAACAUUGUGCCCAACUACUAUGAGAGCGAUAUGAAGGGCGAGACGGACACUCUUCGCUCUGGCUCUGCCACCGAGGGACAAGAGUCCACCCUCGCCACUCCAGAAAUUGAGCCCCUCAAGGGUGAUCCCAGCGCUGCCGAGAACGACACUCGCAGGGCUGAUGCCAGCAUUGCAGAGAAACAUCAAAAGGAGCUUCAGGCUUUGGACACACUGCCCUGGAUUCACCCCAAGCGGAUCUUUGCCACCCUCAAGCUUGUUUUCACAUAUGGUAUUACCCGCGAUGUCAUUCACCACCAGUCAAUGGGUCUUGAUCAUAUUCAUCAGCGUGCCCCUGUCUUUGACAACAAGGUUGAGCAUCUGUGGACCACUGCCCAGGUUUGCUCUGCUAUGAUCAUGUCUAUCUCCCACGGCGCCAACGAUGUCUCGAACGCUAUUGGUCCAUUCACAACCGAGUACAUGACCUGGCACUCCGGCAAGACUUCCACCAAGACUGACACCCCGAUCUGGAUCAAGGCGGUGGGUGGUCUUGGCCUCGGCUUUGGCUUCUGGACUUUCGGCUACCACAUCAUGCGCAGUCUCGGCAACCGCAUCACCAAGCACUCACCUACUAGAGGUUUUAGUAUGGAAUUAUCUGCUGCCUUAACGGUGUUAUUGGCUUCACGGCUCGGACUUCCAGUAAGCACGACGCAAUGCAUCACUGGUGCCGUGCUGGGCGUUGCGUUGGUCAACAUGGACCUCAGGAGUAUCAACUGGAAGCAGCUCGGCAAGAUUUUCUUCGGCUGGGUCCUGACUCUCCCAUGUGCCGGUCUGAUCAGUGGAAUCAUUAUGGGAAUGGCUCUGAACGUUCCCACAUGGGGUCGUUGA